CAAUGGAUCAAGCGAAUCAAGCGCAGACCAAAGCGACUAUGGCAGCGACGGCUACCGCAGCAGAGGCAAGCAAAGCUGCUGCAGUGGCCCUUGAUGUUGCUACAGCAGGCUCCAACCCUGCUACAACAAACCAGGGAACGAGCGCACCCACUAGUUUAC